AUGUCUCAACAUAACGUCAACCUUGUGUGCUGGAACGUAAGAGGGCUCAAUAAUCCCUCGCACCGAUCUGCGGUUUGUGAUCUCAUCCGCGACACUCAUGCCACCAUCAUCUGCAUUCAAGAAACUAAGCUGCAGGUUGUCAACGACCGCCUCAUUCGUGACCUGCUAGGCCCCUGUUUUUCCGCCAAUUUUGCCGUGCUGCCGGCGGCAGGCACUCGAGGGGGGAUGAUUUUGGCGGCCUCCGAGGACUUCUUCACGAUCUCCGACGUGCACCUCUCAGCUCACUCGAUCACGGUCACCGUCACCAUGCGUAGUGAGGGGGCAUCGUGGUCCCUUACGUCGGUGUAUGGGCAACAGGGUGACCCAGAAAAGCUCCUCUUCAUUGAGGAACUCAAGCUUCUGGAGCCGGUUGUCAAAUCAGAGUGGAUCCUUCUCGGGGAUUUCAACGUCAUCACUAAAGCUACGGACAAGAACAACACGAACAUCAACCGUCGUCUCAUCGGCAAAUUCAGGGGUGCCCUCGACGUCCUGUAG